AACCGAGAUUUCUUUACAGGAUGGAGGUGAAAUAUAAUUUAAUUUAAAUCCGUCUUUCUUUCCUACUAGUCAUACAAAUUUAAAAUGCUCGUGUUGGGAAAGUUUUGUUUUUUCGCGAUACUCGCUUGUAAUCUUAUUGGAUUCUCGACAGGAUCCCAGGACAAUGAAACAUCCUUGUCCGAUCUGAAGGAGCCACAGGAAGAGUGUUAUCCAUAUUGUUUAAUGCUCCUGAAGCCAAUUACGAAUCAUAUUGCUCUUCACCAGAAUGAGUGGGCUGAUCGGGACGCCACAAAGCAAAACGAAACUCAACAGAAGCUUAUCCAGAUUAUUGACAAGCUGGAAGCUAUCCAGAAGAAAUUUCAGAUUUUAACCGAUGUACUAAAAGAACAGGAUUAUACCCUAAUUAGCAUAGACAAAAUAAUGGUCUUUGAGCGAAUUGGUACUAGAUACUUCUAUAUCUCGAAUAAAAAUAAAGAUACGUGGAUGGCGGCAGGCGAAAAGUGUAAAAAAAUUGGCGGAUCUUUGGCGGUCUUCGUUGAAGAGCAGGAAGUGAUUGCCAUCAACAAUUUCCUCAUCAAGGACGAUAAGUACUGGACGGGUCUAAACGAUAUAGCCGAUGAGGGUAUAUUAGUCUCUACGGCAUCGGCCGCAACCGGCAAUUCAAAACAGGCCUUGUACACCAACUUUAGUAACGAUACUUCCAAUGAUCGAAACAAGGACUGCGUUUCCUUAGUGAACCAAAAAAUGGAAUAUCAUAAAUGUGACGAGGAAUUGAAUUAUAUGUGCCAGUUGGACAAAUUUUAA